UUAGACGAACUUCUAAUUACAAUGCCCAGCCCGAAUAUCAUACAUUGUAGGAAAAAGUCAAAGUUUCGUCAGACAAUUAUCAAACGACAAUUCAAAUAUGGUGUAUUAAAAAAAGAUGGAAAAAGUCAAACAUGUUGUCUAGUCUCAAAAGCUAUAAAUGGAAUAUGGAAGUACCUCUGCAACUAUCUGAGAAACAAAAUCACCAUGGCUUCAUCUCUUCUUCACCAUGUUCUUGUUGUUCUUCUCUUCUUCGUCGUUGCGACAUUUGCCCAGCAAUCCUUCCGACCAAAAGCUCUUGUCCUGCCGGUGACAAAAGACGCUUCUACCCUCCAAUACGUUGCCACCAUCAACCAACGCACCCCUCUCGUCCCGGUGAAGCUCGUCGUCGACCUCGGCGGUCAAUUCCAGUGGGUCGUCUGCGACAAGGGCUACGUCUCCUCCACGUACCGCCCGGCUCGUUGCCGCUCCGCCGUCUGCUCACUCGCCCGCUCCACCUCCUGCGGCGAUUGCUUCUCCGCGCCAAGACCAGGCUGCAAUAACAACACCUGCGGCGCCUUUCCAGCCAACACCAUCACUCCCAUCGUCACUUCCGGCGAACUCGCUCAGGACGUUGUUUCUAUCGAGUCCACCGACGGGUCGAACCCGGGUCAGAUCGUAACUCUGCCCAGAUUCGCCUUCGUUUGCGGUUCCACGUUUUUGCUUGAUGGGCUUGCGAACGGGGCCGUGGGCAUGGCCGGAUUGGGCCGUACCAACAUCGCUCUCCCGGCCCAGUUCUCCGCCGCAUUUAGUUUCCGGCGGAAGUUCGCCGUAUGUCUGUCGACGGGGAGAGGCGUCAUCUUCUUCGGCGACGGACCUUACUUCUUCCUCCCCGGGAUCGAGAUUGCCCGGCUGACCUACACGCCGUUGUUCAUCAACCCCGUGAGCACCGAAUACUUCAUCGGCGUCAACGGAAUCAGAGUCAACAACAAGCUCCUGCCUUUGAAUCAGACCCUAUUGAAGAUCAACAGUGAAGGGUUCGGACGGACAAAGAUCAGCACCGUGAAUCCGUACACCGUCAUGGAGACGUCGAUCUACAACGCCGUCUUGUCGGCGUUCGUCAGAGACACGGCAGCGAAGAGGGUCGCGGCGGUGGCUCCGUUCGGGGCUUGCUUCAGCACGGAGGGCGUGGCGAGUACGCGCUUGGGUGCGGCGGUGCCGGAGAUCGACCUGGUUCUGCAAAGCAGCGACGUCGUAUGGAAAAUCUUCGGGGCGAACUCGAUGGUGAGCGUAAGCGACAACGUCAUCUGUCUGGGUUUUGUCGACGGAGGAGUAAACCCGAUGAGUUCCAUAGUCAUCGGAGGGCAUCAGUUAGAAGACAAUCUGGUUCAAUUCGAUUUGGCGGCGUCGAGAUUAGGGUUCAGCUCCACGCUGUUGGGAAGCCGUACGAAUUGUGCCAACUUCAAUUUCACUUCCACUGCUUGAUCAGCUCCACGCUGUUGGGAAGCCGUACGAAUUGUGCCAACUUCUCCCCGUGUUCUUGCGAAUGUUAUUUCGUGUCGUUAAUAAGGCCGAAGGGAUUUUUCCCGUGUAUGUUGUAUUGUUUGUCUUGUAAAGGGACAUCUUUGUAACGUCGAGUAGUUUUGGGGAAUUUGUAUAAUUUUAAUAAGUUCGAGGCAUUUAUGACAA